CCAAACUAGUAAAGGAUAAAUGAAAGUUUCCAGGUUCACCAACCUAGACGUUUGUCUCCUCUCCUGUCCAUAGAUUCAUACAUACAAGACCACUCCACAAGACCUCAUCCUUCCACAAUGGAUUCUUCAUCUUCAGUAAAAAUCGUCUCGAAAUGCUUCGUGAAACCCAAAACCAUACCAGAAGAAUCAAAGCAACCAUACUAUUUAUCUCCAUGGGACUACGCAAUGCUCUCUGUUCAAUACAUCCAAAAAGGUCUUCUCUUUCACAAGCCAUCACUUGACUCCAUUGACACUUUGCUUGAGAAGCUAAGAGAGUCUCUGGCUGUCACACUAGUCCAUUUCUACCCUCUCGCGGGUCGUCUCUCGUCGUUGACAACCGAAAAUCCGAAAUCUUACUCUGUUUUUGUUGAUUGUAACGAUAGCCCUGGCGCAGGGUUUAUCUACGCGACCUCAGAUUUAUGUGUAGCGGACAUUGUCGGUGCAAAGUAUGUUCCUUCGAUUGUUCAUUCUUUCUUUGACCAUCACAGAGUUGUGAAUCAUGAUGGUCACACCCUGAGCCUCUUAUCAGUCCAGGUGACAGAAUUGGUAGAUGGAAUUUUCAUAGGACUGUCUAUGAACCAUGUGAUGGAGACGGUACUGAAUUGGUAGAUGGAAUUUCAUAGGACUGUCUAUGAACCAUGUGAUGGGAGACGGUACUGCCUUCUGGAAGUCUUUACCGCUUGGUCCGAAAUCUUCCAAGGACAAGAGAGCAACAAAAACGAUGACUUGUGUCUUAAGAAUCCACCGGUCUUAAAGCGUUACAUCCCUGAAGGAUACGGUCCUCUCUUCAGCCUUCCCUAUAGUCAUGCUGAUGAAUUUAUCAGAACCUACGAAUCUCCAGUUCUCAAGGAAAGAAUGUUCUGUUUCUCAUCAGAAACCAUAAGAUUGCUUAAAGCAAAGGUCAACCAAAUAUGCGGAACUACCUCCAUUUCAUCUUUCCAGUCGCUAACCGCGGUUAUAUGGAGAUGCAUAACAAGGGCACGGAGAUUACCCCUCGACCGAGAAACAAGUUGUAGAAUUGCUGCUGACAACAGAGGAAGAAUGUAUCCACCGCUUCACAAGGAGUACUUUGGAAACUGCCUCUCUUCUUUGAGAACGGCUGCAAAAGCUGGUGAGCUGAUGGAGAAUGAUCUUGGAUUUGCUGCUUUGAAAGUGCAUCAAGCGGUAGCUGAACAUACUAGUGAAAAAGUAUCUCAAAUGAUUGAUCAAUGGUUAAAGUCCCCUUUCAUUUACCAUAUUGAUCGGCUUUUUGAACCGAUGAGCGUUGUGAUGGGAAGCUCACCGAGGUUUAACAAGUAUGGUUGUGAAUUUGGGAUGGGAAAAGGAGUGACACUUAGAAGUGGCUACGCGCAUAAGUUUGAUGGAAAAGUAUCUGCUUACCCGGGAAGAGAAGGAGGGGGAAGUAUAGAUUUGGAGGUAUGUCUUGUUCCCGAGUUUAUGGAAGCUUUGGAAUUAGAUGAAGAGUUUAUGUCACUUGUUUCUCUUUAAAAAAUUACCAAUUUCUUCCAUGUUUCUCAACAUUUUAUAUGUGUCUUUCAUUUGCUAUUCUCCUCAAUUUGUUUAUCAACAUUUUUAUUUUACCUUAAGCCUUUUUAUUGUUCAUUGAUAAAUUCUAGAGAUUGCGGCGCAAAAAUUGGCAAUAAUGCGUUUUUGCUUGA